AUGGCGACUUUUUCGAUCGUUCUUGCCGGCAUUGCUGCUUUUUUGGCUUAUGUCGUUGGCUUGGCUAUCUAUCGUCUAUACUUCCAUCCUCUAGCGGAGUUUCCAGGCCCCAAACUAGCUGCUCUGACCAAAUGGUACGAAGCAUACUACGAGAUCGUGCUCAACGGCAAAUUCUCAUUCCACAUCGAAGACCUGCACCGCCAGUAUGGCCCCAUCAUCCGCAUCACCCCCUUCGAAAUCCACAUCCAAGACCCUCCCUUCUGGGAAACCCUCUACGCCAAACACCCCAAAUCCAGCAAAUACGCCUGGACCUCCGGGCGCUUCGGCAACAGCAACUCCGUCUUCACCACCAGCUCCCCCACCCUGCACAAGACCCGCCGCGCCCCCCUCAACAACAUGUUCUCCCGUCGCGCAAUCCUCACCUUCGAGCCCGAAGUGCAGAAGAAAUUGGAUAUCUUCUGCAACGGUCUGCGCCGCUUCAAGAAGACGGGGAGUGUGUGUAAGAUUUCUGAGGCGUUUUCGGCGUUUGCGGGAGAUGUGGUGACGCAGUAUUCGUUUGGGUUUGACUAUGAUCAUUUGGGGCUUGAGGGGUUUACGGAUUCGUUUCAUGAUGCGUUUAUGGCUGUUAGUGGGUUUGGACAUGUGGCGUUGCAGUUUCCUUGGAUGCAUGGUUUACUUAAUAGCUUGCCAGAUGAGUGGAAUAAGGCUAUGAAUCCGCCGCUCGCGAAAUUGCUGGACCUGCAGAAAGAUCUCCGGGCGAAGAUUGCUGGAGUGCGGAGGGCUGUCGAAGAAAAUGAGAAGCUGCCUGAGCAUCCGACGGUAUUCCACACGCUCUUGCAGUCGGAGACCUUGCCGGAGCAGGAGAAGUCCGAUCUUCGGCUAGCAGAAGAAGCUCAACUCAUCCUCGGUGCUGGAAUCGAAACAACAGCUUGGGCACUCUGCCAGGCGACCUACUACAUCCUCGCCAACCCAAUGAUCCUCCACAACUUAAAGACCGAGCUCCGCCAAGCCGUCCCAGACGUGACAAAGGCCGACGCAUUCCGAUACGACAACCACAUAGAAAGCCUCCCAUACCUGCGAGGAUGCAUCAAAGAAGCCAUCAGACUAUCGCUCAGCGUAUCUGGACGCAACCCGCGAGUGCUGAACGAGCCCUUGGUCUGGCGCGACUGGGUCAUACCGCCAGGUACACCCAUCUCGAUGACGAUCGCGGACGUUCAUCUGAAUGAUGAUUAUUUUUCAGAGGCCGGGAAGUUCAAACCGGAGCGCUGGAUUGGGGAGGCACCGACAGCGCCCGAUGGGUCGCCGUUGGAGAGGUAUUUUGUGGCAUUUGGGAAAGGGCCUAGACAGUGUCUGGGGAUUAACCUUGCUUACAUGGAGCUGUACCUCAUGCUUGGCAGACUGUUCCGACAGUUUGACCUCGAAUUGUACCAGACCGAUGAGUCGGAUGUCUUACUAGCCCACGAUUGGUUCCUGCCGAGUCCAAAGCUCGACUCGAAGGGUAUUCGUGUGAAAGUGGUCGGUAUAGAGGUAUAG